AAAAGCAGCGCUAGGAUUCUACCUGGGAAGAGAGACACCAUAAAGAUCCUUAGGAUACCAUGAGGACUCUUAGGCUAUGCAUGGCUAUAGCAAUGCUAUCACUAUUUGCAUUAUGGCACUCUGUUACUGCUGCACCUUUGGUUGUGAGCAACAUAGGAAAGCCAGGGAAGAUGGCCUAUGUCACAUGUGACCUGAAUUUGUCGUCCCAAAUAGCAAUUGGUAUUGCCCCUGGGAAUCAAACUUCAAUCACUUUUCCACACGCCAAUUCAGUGUUGUGUGUGGGAACAUAUAAUAGUUAUUCACAUGGUUAUUACCAUGAACGACCUUAUGUAUUGUAUGAUUCCAACAAGGGUGUAGACAACUGCAAGGAUACGUGCCUCAUCAGAGUUACCAAUUUUGGUUUUGAUAGCUGGAAUGAGAAGAAGAAGAUGUGGAAGGCCAUUUACCCUAUUAUACACGUAGUCUAAUAAUUUAGGUCAUUUCCUUUAAUAAUUUUUGCUAUAGAAUUUGAAAAAAAAAAUGUUGUGCAAUUUGAACUGUAUUAAACUGCAUAACAUUAAUUAUUAAAUAGAGAUUGAGAUUUUUGAUAUUAAGGAUCCUCUUUCAUUCAAUAGUUCUUGUUUUAUCAAUAAUGUAAUUCAAAAAAUAAAAUACGUUCCUGUAG